AUGUCCAAUAAAAAAUCCGGAAGAAAGCCGCAACAAAAACGGCCAGCGCCAGAUGAAAGCUCUGAUUCUGACUUUCCAGACAUAAAUGCGGUAGUCGCAGACCAGCAUUCUAACACUAAUGUUUACAAAAUAAAACCGAAAAGACCGACAAACAAGCAACCCAACCCUUGGGAUAGCAGUGAUAGAGAAAUUGAGAAUUGUGAUGAAGAAGCUGAUAAAGUCCAAAACGAAACACGCUGUGAUAGCGCAGUAUUACUGCAUGAACCUAAGGCUGAAGACUUUAUUAUCGCUGAAUUGGGGACAACAAAAGGCGCGAAGAAGAAAUUCGUUGCGAGAAUUGUAUCCAUCGAAGAAGACGGGAGAAAAUAUUGGUGCUCUUUCUUAAGAGCAAGACAAAAAAUUAAAGACGCCUUUGUUUUCCACAAUGCAGAAGAUUUAUUGUUGGUGCAGCAUGGAGAGGUAAAGAAGAUACUUGCUUCUGUCUUAAAACUAAGACGAGGAGGCUUCCAGUUCCCAGGCCACAAAUUUUGA